AUGGCGAAGGGCGACACCUCCCUCACCGAUGCACUCACAGACAUAGCCAUGGCUGAAGUGGCCAAGAAAUCAGCGGCUCGGAUGCGGCAAUCGAGCAUCACACCACGAGCAGCAACAGGCGAGACGACACCGAACCCCGAAAAGCGACCCGAGGGCGACCACCGGGACGCAACCACGCACCACGGCGACAUCGACUCCUUCUCGGGAACUGAGGACGAGGAGGAGGAAAUCCACCGCCUGCAAGCAUGCGAGAAACGGGGGCACAUCGCCAAAGUGUGCCGAAAUAAAAAACACUACAGCCCGCGGCAACGAGAAGGCAGCCCUCGCCGGCAAGAGAACACCCCCACCAGUUACCGAGACCGCCAGAUGGAGAGCCACUGGAGCCAAGAGGGUUGGAACAGGAUUCUCUCUUUUGUAACAAUAAAACAUCAAAAAAGAGAUAUCUCCAGCCAAUCCUCCCUCUUAUAUUUCUUCUACAUUUUGGGGAUCCUUUGUUUGUUCAUAAUUUUUUGUCUACCUGAGAAGACCACUUAUCCAUCCAUCACAUCCAUCAAAUCCACAUUCAAUUCUUCCUUGACAAAACAACUUGUAUCCCAGCGCAUUGCCCCUAAUUCUAGCUUGUCCUCUGAGGCUACUGAGGCUGGAAUAUGGACUGUGAACUCUAUUGGGCGUUUUGGAAACCAGAUGGGACAAUAUGCCACCCUUUAUGCCUUAGCCAAGCUCAAUAGAUAUCAAGCCUACAUCCAUCCAGAAAUGCAUUCAGCUCUAUCACCAAUCUUCAAGAUCACUUUGCCUGUGCUCUCUGCUAAGGUGUUUAGCAUGAUCCAGUGGAAGAGAGUUUAUUUGCAUGAUUGGAUGUCAGAGGACUAUCGUCACAUCCAGGGGAAAUAUGUCCAAUUGAUGGGCUACCCUUGUUCUUACACCUUUUAUCACCACAUCCGCCAGGAAAUACUAAAGGAGUUCACUUUCCAUGACCACAUCAAGGAAGAGGCCAAUCACUACCUGCAAAUCUUGCGGGGGAAACGCCAGAAUGUGACAUACGUUGGAGUGCAUGUCCGGAGAGGGGAUUAUGUGAGGGUAAUGCCCAAAACCUGGAAAGGUGUGGUGGCUGACAAAGGUUACUUGGAGAAAGCCAUGGACUACUUCAGAAAUAAAUACCUCAAUCCCAUCUUUGUGGUCACCAGCAAUGGGAUGGAGUGGUGCAAGAAGAACAUGGAUGCCUCCAGGGGGGACGUUUACUUUGCUGGGGAUGAGAAGGAAGGCUCUCCAGGAAGGGAUUUCGCUCUCCUUGCUCAUUGCAACCACACAAUCAUGACCAUUGGGACUUUUGGUAUCUGGGCUGCUUACCUAGCAGGUGGGAAGGUUGUUUAUUUAGCCAAUUAUACCCUCCCAGACUCUCCAUUUCUCAAGGUCUUCAAGCCCUCCGCAGCCUUCUUACCUGAGUGGAUUGCAAUCCCAGCUGAUCUUUCCCCGUUGAUGCCCAAAUCAUCUGUACAAUCCUAAAACCCAUAAGUAUCUGUCCGCCCAUAAGGUCGGGUAGACCGGGCAUGCGCCAGAUCCUUUCCUGGCAUAUCGCCACUUCAAGGUAUCUAGGAAGCUGCUUUUCCAUGGUGGCUCCUACCUUAUAGCUUUUUGAGGGGUAUUGUUGUGAGCCACCCAGAGUUGUUCUGUGAGAUACCAAGGCAUACAAAUUGAUCAGAUAAUUAAACUGGAGAAACUGGAUUGAACUCAUGUUUAAUGAGAUACUACUAAAAAGAUGUACAGGUAGCCCUCAGAUUAUGACCAGACACUUAGCAACCAGUUGAAGUGAAGACAGAUCUCUCCAGGGCUAUUUACAACUCAGUUACAAAGUUAUGACGGGUGCCACACACCCCUUCUCCGUUCCCACAAUCAUGUGAACCGCAUGUCAGGGGCACAGCAACCAUUCUGCAUUUAAAGCGGUUUGCAGCAUCCCUUGAUCACAUGACUAU